AUGGAAUUUAUUUUCGUACAAUAUAAUUUACGAAAUAAUAUUUACAUUGAGUUCUUAAUGUCAAUUUUUGGUGACCGUGGCAAAAAUGUUCCUGAAAUACACCACUUCCUUAUUUACACGACGACGACCCUACUUGAUGGAACUGGUAGUAGAUGCGUUGGCUCAACGUUUUCGAACAAAUGUGUUUGUAUUGCAAAAUUGCGUACUGCAUCUGAAGUCUCCAAUAAAAAACCCCGUAGUCGUUUGCUUGUCGCACUAGGAGGUCUCCAAAUCACAAUUCAUUGGGACACGGUUCACGAAAUUGCUGUUUUGUUUUGUGAUCCACCGCAUCCAACGUCCACACAACAAACAUACAAAGAGACAUUGAAUGGUUGGAUUCCCAAUUGUGCUCGCCACCGCUUCGGAGAUCAGCAUUCCAUCUCAAUUCAUUAA